GAGAGAGAGAGACAGACAGACAGACAGACAGACAGACAGACACAGAGACAGACUCCGGCCAACCAUGGUCAGAUCCUCUGAGUCUGGGUGGUGCAGUGGCCUCUACUGGAGGAGAACACUGAAGUCCCAAGAGAGAUUUUGCAGUCAUGUAGCUGGAGACAGAGCUGGGACUGAAAUCCCGCUGUCCAAUGUCACAGUUCUCAGGUCCCUGACACGGAACAGCUCAGAAGUCAGAAGUGACAGGUUCCCAAGAACUGCUGCAGUCUUGGGGGUGGGAGGGGUGGCUCAUCCUGCUAUCUGCAUAGCCCGGUGACAUAGGAGCUCGGGAGGAGGCUCAGGGAUGGUUGGUCACACAGCCAGUAAGAACCCAGCAGCAGGUGACAAACCCAAAGACACCCUAGAAGGGGACAUUAGUGAAGAAGUGAAAAUAGGGCCAGGAAGGCAUCUCAUGUUUUAGAAGACGGGCCUGUUUUGGUAGCUAGGUAUCUCCCUGGCCCCAUGGUCAGUUCCUGCCUAGGCACUGUCAGGGAGGAGAGGGGAGGGUUUUCUCUGGCUCCCAGGGAGAAGAGCCUGGAUCUGGGCUCCCUUGUCUGAUGGAAGAGGCACUAUUGCUGGCCAUGGGAGCCCUCUAGUGUGAGGGUGGAGACACCACCAUGGUUUUUGCCAAGGCCAAAAUCACAUGGGGGUACCUGGCGCUGUCCUUUCUUUGGGAAAUUCAUCCAGGAAGCUUCUACACCCUGACAGCCCUGGAGGUCAGGUCCAGUCUGGGGUCAGGGAUUUGGGACUUGGAGUCACAGGCUUCCAGAACCUCAAUCCCCCAGGGGAGGACCAUCCCUCUGGAGUGUCUCUGGGUUCCCAGUGUCCCCUGCUCCCAGAACUCUAGGCAUUGACUUGUGUUUUCCCCUCUCUGGGCUCAAUAGGAGCCCCAGGUCACUUUUGCUGGCAGAAGUCUCCUAGAGAAGGGUUGACCUCACUCUGCUGUAUAGGAUGCCUUUUACCCCCUCUCGUUCUUCCAGGGUAUCUCAGAAAACAGGUGUCCCUUGUCCCUCUGCUACCCACUAUCCAUUAAUUCCCCCUCAUUCACCCAUGAACUUGAGUUCAGCCAUUAUCCAUCCAUCCAUCCAUCCAUCCAUCCAUCCAUCCAUCCAUCAUCCAUUCAUCUAUCCACCAUCAUCUAUCCAUCCAUUCAUCCAUUCAUCAUCCAUCCAUCCAUCCAUCUAUCCAUCAUCCAUUCAUGUAUCCACCCAUCAUUUAUCCAUUCAUGCAUCCAUGAAAGAAUCCAUCCAUCAUCCAUCCAUUCAUCAUCCAUCCAUCCAUCAUCCAUUCAUGUAUCCACCAUCAUCUAUCCAUUCAUACAUUCCUGCAUGCAUGCAUCCAUUCAUUCAUGCGUCCAUACAUGUGUCCAUCUUCCAUCCUCUUUCACUAGUCAUGGGAUGAAUACCUACUGUGUGCCAGGCUGGUGCCAGCCCAGGGCCACCUUGGGGACCUGGAUAGAACUGUCCCUUGGGGGAACUGACAGUCCAGUACAGAAAACAUUCAUGCCCAUCCUCAGGUGAGUCAUCAUGAAGUAUAUCACGGCUAUGAGGACAGAGUCUGGAAGUCUGGGGAGUGAGACUCCCUGUCCUGGAUGAGAACUGUCAACUCAAUGACCAUUUUCCCCACUCAUGGGGAUGGGGUAAAAUCAGUAUUUCAGCUGCAGGUACAGCCUGUGUGAAGACACUGAGGCUUCUGACUGGCCUCCUGCUCCUACCCUUGCCAUGGAUGUGGGCUCAGGGCAGCAGAUAAAGAAGUGUGGAAAUCUCAAUCAAGGUACAGCCCCUCUCUUCCAUUCUCAGGAGCUCCUGCAUCAUCGGGUUUGAGAGGACCAUAUCCCAGUUCCCCAGGUUUGGCUGUGACUGCCCUGCCUAGAUCCUUGCUUGGUGAGAUACCAGCUCCUCACCCACCCUCGUGGUUCCUAGCUCUGUCUCUGCCCCAUUUCCUUUGGGUCCCAGCCAAGGUUGGUAAGUUGGAUUUAGCCUUUAGUGAUGGGGUGUGGACUGUCUGCUUAGGUCUAACCUCUUCCUUUUCCUUCCUAGAGACUGGAACAAGACUGGAGACAACAGUGUCUGAGGAUGGAUGGAUGGAUGGAUGGAUGGAUGGAUGGAUGAAUGAAUGAAUGAGGUUGAUAAGCUCAGAGCUCAGGGAGCCAAGGGGAAGUUGUAGUUAGCAGGCAACAAGGGGAGUAGGCUGUGGGCGACUGCACUGAAGAGCCAUGGGGAACUGUGGACGGAGAAAGACAGCUUCUUCGGGAGGCUCACCCUGAACUCUGAGGACAUAUCCAGAGCUGCUCAGAGCCUGUGUCCACUUUAGAGCAGCAGUGGCCACAGAUUGCCACCAUUUACUGCUUGGGUCUGUUCACUUCACCAACGGCUUAGUCAGGUGAACAUCUGACGCUGGGGACCACCACCUUUAUGCUCCAACAGAGUCAGAUAUCCCCCUCCCAGGGAGCUCAUUAGGCGAUAUGUCUAUUGUUGAUAAGAACAAUUGUCUUCAAGUGCACUUGUUAUAUUUCAAAUUGUAUCAGUUCAAAGAGCAGGAAUUUGUUUUCCCACUGUAUAUCUUUGACUUUUGCCUCUUGGUUCUCAAAGCCCAAAAUACCUCCUUCCUAUUCCAUCUCUCUGCUCCUCUGUCCAGAUCCAACUGACCCCAGGACCACAGCCCCUAGCUGCCUUCUCCUGGACCUGUCCUGCUGCCCUUGGGAUUCCCAACAGGAAAGCUGUGGGCUCGGAGCCUGCAUCUCAGUGCCCAUCCUGCCUCCUCCCUCCUCAUCUGCUGCACAGCCCCCUCCCUCACAGAGUAUAUCCUGGGGAUCUGGGGCUGUCCUGCCUCUGGCAGGCAGCUCCCCCUCUCCGCUGCUCCCCUCUUUUUUCCAAGUCCCUGCGGGAGCCAAGGCCAGCGUGGGUGGCUGAAAUCUCCUCGGUAACGGGAUCUGCCUCUCCCUCUACCGGCCUCCGCCCUUAACCUGCUGCCCCUCUCAGUCUGGCACCUACUGUCCGGCCCUCAGCCCCUCCUCCCGGCCCCUCCUGCACCCUCCUGCUCCCCCCUCUGCUGGCUCUCCAUGUCACCAUCUGUGGCACAAUCCUUCUCUGUCACUGUCCCUACCACCCCCUCUUUCUCCUUCCUCCUGCCUCCCUCUGUCCCUGCCGUUUUCUGCAUCUCUCCCUGUUCCUCCAUCCGUCCAUUCUCUCUUCUCCUUUUUUCUCCUCUGUCCCUUCUCCUUGCCAAGCAUCUCUCCUCACUCCCCCUCAUUCUGCCUUUCCACCCACACACUGUCUCCUCUCUCUCGCCUCCCUCUCUCCACCUCCGACCCACCCCCCCUUUCCUUAUUUUCUAUUGGCUUCUUAUGUCCCCUGCUCUCUCCACAUUCCUGUCACCUUGGGAAGUGACUCCUGCCACCCCCGACUGGGUGCUGCCAGAAGACCCCAUUCUGUGUCCUGCACCCUCCACGAGUCCUGGAGAUGGGGGAUGACGGACGGACGAGGUGAAGAACCUUGAAGCCUCCGUACAGCAGAAUGUCGGAACUGGACCAAACCAGAUGCACACUGCUUUCCAGCCUCCUGGGCCUUCGUGGUGGCGCUCCUGAGUUCCCCUUCCUGCUGGGAGCGGAGCAUCUGACACACCCCUUUCACCCUUGCCGCACCCUGGGACUGGGCCAGGACUAGUCGAUUGCUGACCAGCCUCUCCGUGGCCAUGGCCACUGCUGCCUAUCCUUCAUCGGUGCCCAUAACCUUGGACCCUGGGAACACAUCCUCUGCCUGGCCGCUGGACACUACUCUGGGCAAUGCAUCUGCUGGUGCUAGCCUGGCAGGGCUGGCUGUCAGUGGCAUCUUGAUCUCUCUGGUGUACCUGGUGGUGUGUGUGGUGGGCCUGCUGGGGAACUCUCUGGUGAUCUACGUAGUACUGCGACACACAGCCAGUCCCUCGGUGACCAGUGUCUACAUCCUCAACCUGGCGCUGGCUGAUGAGCUCUUCAUGCUAGGGCUACCCUUCCUGGCUGCUCAGAACGCCCUGUCCUAUUGGCCCUUUGGCUCUCUCAUGUGCCGUCUGGUCAUGGCCGUGGACGGCAUCAACCAGUUCACCAGCAUCUUCUGCCUCACCGUCAUGAGCGUGGACCGCUACCUGGCUGUGGUGCAUCCCACACGCUCGGCCCGCUGGCGCACGGCACCCGUGGCUCGCACAGUCAGUGCAGCUGUCUGGGUGGCCUCCGCCGUGGUGGUGCUGCCCGUGGUCGUCUUCUCAGGAGUGCCCCGGGGCAUGAGCACGUGCCACAUGCAGUGGCCAGAGCCAGCGGCUGCUUGGCGAGCGGCGUUCAUCAUCUACACAGCGGCACUGGGCUUCUUUGGGCCCCUGCUGGUCAUCUGCUUAUGCUACCUGCUCAUCGUGGUGAAGGUGCGGUCGACCACACGGCGUGUGCGGGCACCAUCCUGCCAGUGGGUCCAGGCACCUUCAUGCCAGCGGCGGCGGCGUUCUGAGCGCAGGGUCACACGCAUGGUGGUGGCCGUGGUGGCGCUCUUUGUCCUCUGCUGGAUGCCCUUCUAUCUGCUCAACAUCAUUAAUGUGGUGUGCCCGCUGCCCGAGGAGCCCGCCUUCUUUGGGCUCUACUUCCUGGUGGUGGCACUGCCCUACGCCAACAGCUGUGCCAACCCCAUCCUGUAUGGCUUCCUCUCCUACCGCUUCAAGCAGGGCUUCCGCAGGGUCCUGCUGAGACCGUCCCGUCGCAUACGGAGUCAGGAGCCAGGGUCUGGCCCUCCAGAGAAGACUGAGGAGGAGGAGGACGAAGAGGAGGAAGAGAGAAGAGAAGAGGAGGAGCGGAGGGCUCAGAGGAGGAAGGAGACGAAUGGAAAAGGCAGUCAGACUGCACAGCCUGGCACCAGUGGGCAGGAGCCCAGCACAGGGGCUGCCAAGGAGCAGCAGCUUCUACCCCGGGAGGCCACAAUUGGGGACAGGUCUAGCACCCUGAG